UGCUGCUUAGCAAAUGUAAGUUUAUUUUAAUUAAGAUUAUAGGUGAAUAGUGUUUUUUUUGUGCUUUUUCAGCAGGACUGUGACAAUUUGUGGUGGGAUGCGUUCACUACAGAGUUUUUCGAAGACGAUGCAAUGCUGACGAUCACUUUCUGUCUGGAAGAUGGGCCUAAACGAUAUACUAUUGGUAGGACGUUGAUCCCUCGGUACUUCAGGAGUAUUUUUGAGGGUGGGGCCACUGAACUCUUCUAUGUGCUGAAACAUCCCAAGGAGUCUUUUCACAAUAACUUUGUGUCCCUGGACUGCGAUCAGUGCACCAUGGUUACACAGAACGGCAAACCCAUGUUCACACAGGUGUGUGUGGAGGGCAGACUGUACCUGGAGUUUAUGUUUGAUGACAUGAUGCGUAUAAAGACAUGGCACUUCAGCAUCAGACAGCACAGAGAGGUCGUGCCGAGGAGCAUCCUGGCAAUGCAUGCCCAAGACCCCCAAAUGCUUGACCAGCUAUCUAAAAACAUCACAAGAUGUGGCUUAUCUAACUCUACGCUGAACUACCUCCGACUUUGUGUAAUCCUGGAGCCCAUGCAGGAGCUGAUGUCCAGACACAAGACGUACAGUCUCAGCCCACGAGACUGCCUCAAAACCUGUCUGUUUCAGAAAUGGCAGCGGAUGGUGGCCCCACCAGCCGAGCCAGCAAGACAAGCCCCCAACAAGCGAAGGAAGCGAAAAAUGUCCGGUGGCAGCACGAUGAGUUCCGGAGGGGGCAACAACAACAACAACAGCAACAGUAAAAAGAAAAGUCCAGCCAGCAGUUUUGCGCUCUCCAGCCAGGUACCUGAUGUGAUGAUGGUGGGAGAGCCCACUCUGAUGGGAGGGGAGUUCGGGGACGAGGAUGAGCGGCUCAUCACGCGGUUGGAGAACACACAGUUUGAUGCGGCCAAUGGCAUCGACGACGAGGACAGUUUCAACAGUUCCCCCGCCCUGGGCACCAACAGCCCCUGGAACAGCAAAGCUCCUUCCAGCCAGGAGAGCAAAAAUGACAACCCCACCUCACAGUCAUCGCAGUAGAAGUGUUAGGGGCUAGCGAAAGGCUCGAGGACCCCUCGCUCGCAAGACCCGGUCCUAGACUUCUGCUUUGACAAGUCCUCAAUUGGCCACACGUGAAAUUGACCCUCCUCCUCUGUUGCCGUCAGACAUUCCGUUUUGUUGAUUCUUUUGUUUCUUUGAGAGUCGUUUUCCAACAUGUCUCGAUCAGGCUUAGCGAUCAGGCUGUGGGUUAUUGUUCCAACCUCGGGUCUCUCUGUGCGUGCUGUGCUUUGACACGCAUGGCCGUUUCUGUUGUGCUCACUUGACAGGAAAGGAUCACUUUUUAUCUGACCGUUUAGUGAUAUGACCAUUGUGUGCACCUCAGAUUCAAACCCAAAGCUCCAUUUUUAAAAACUCAAUUAUUUGUUUUGUAGGACCUGGUUGGAACAAAAACCUGUACAGUUCCGGAGCUUGAGGACCGGAGUUGAGAACCACUACGUAAAGUCCUUUAAGUAAAACUAAAUAAAGUGUAAAGCAUCGAGGUUCUUGAGUUUGGUCAUGCCCGAAAUGGUCACUGAGAGCUUGCCUGACCAUUACGCCAGACUCAAAAGAAGUGUUUGAUUUUUUUUUUUUUAAUUGUUUGCAUUCUGUUUAGUUUCUUGUUCUUUUUU